UAUAUUACGCUAUUGAUGAAGCAUGGUGGUAACCAUGACAACGGUGGUAGCGUCUGUCUGGUGCUCAGUCUAACAACUCCAGCCUCCUCGUGUGCUACUGUCAAGGUUUAUUGUUCUGUGAUGGAGGGCACAGCCACGGCAGUGAUGACAGUUGAGGAGGAGGGAGGCAAGGUGCAGGACUCCUGUGGUCCUUCACAGGAGGUGGCAGCUCCCAGGCAAGCUAUCACCUUCACAAGCCUCGUCCCUCACACUAAACCUGACGACGUCAAGCCUGGCAACCACCCUUACAUGGGAGUGGAUGUGACUGGAUGGAGGGAGAGGUUAGUGAGGACGGUGUCCCCACUACAAGCAGUGGAGGAAUCACGAACGGGGGAGUUUACUCCACUACGCUGGAUCAACCAUCAUCUGGAUCGUCAUCACUAUGCUAACACCCUUCUCGAGUACUCUGACAGGCUGCGGAACAAGAGCCGCCAGACAGAGGCGUACACGGAGGAGCGGACACGCACAGCACAAGACUCUGUGACCAAAGGUCUAGAUGAACGUCUUUCCUCCACACUGGAGCUGAGGUCACACCUCCACCACGCCAUCAACAAUACUAUCGAUGAACUUGCUCUUCAGGACACUAUGAAGACCCGGCUCCAGGUGGCACUGCUCGCGUUGGAGCUGCCGGAGAGGAACAAUGAAGAGUGUACACACAUCCGCAGGUUCCGUGUGGGUGUGGACGCAACUCGUGACCCGGUCACCUUCGCUUUAGACAAGGAGAAGGAAGUGUUGCGUACUGGCAGGUCUCUACUGACACAGACGCUCCAGGAGACUGAGGCUCAGAUAUCUCUCCUGCUGGAGGUGAAGCGCUUGUUGGAACACGACUGGUCAGACAAACAGGAGGCCUUCCAACUGGACCACUCAGCGGCCAAACUCGUCAACCAGACCAUCUUGGCACAGUUUAAGCCAGUGUCAGCUGCACUUAAUGAAGGUGUGUCGACCCCAGACACCUGGAGUGAACGCACCAAUCAUCACCUGGACGUGUGUAAGAGAGAGAUCAACUCAGGCUCUCAGCUCAGAGGUGCUGCCAAUCAGGCAUUGCAAGAUGUUGCAAGAGACGUGGAAGCAUCGGCUGAGGCCUCAGACGUAGCUCUCAACACUCGCAUCAUGGAGCUGCAGGAUGCCAAGAUCAAAUUACUCGACAAGGAUGCUAUGUUACGGAAGGAGAUAGGAGAGGAAGAGAUGAGCCUGGCGUCGCUGCGUCAGGCUCUGCAAGACAAGGAAUCUCCACUACAGGUGGCACAGAGUAGACACUGGACCCGUUCCUUCAGGCUUGGCGCUGACCGCUGUCUGGACCAUCCUCACUACAGACUGAAGGAUGAACUAGAGGAGUUGCCCAGGAACAUUGAGACGCUGCGGGAGCGUCUGAGGACCAGUGAGGACACACUUGAGGACCUCCAUCGCCUCCACGAGGACUUCGCUAAGGAUAUCAUGAACAGAGAACACACCAUCAGUCUGGAGCGUCGCUGUGUCAACGUCAGGAGCGUUAAGCAAACACAGGAAAAACUAUUGGGCUUGUAACUCUGCAGGAUGCCGCUGUGCUUUUACUUACAAGUAACUCAGGUAACACCUGCUGCCAAUGUUCGCCUACAGGUAAUUAGGUACCUAGGAGUUAGUCGACUGUUGUGGGUGGCAUCCUCCCGAAGAGGACCUGAGACCACUAGCAGUAAUAGGCCAGACUGCUUCACUUAA